CUUUUGCAAGCGUCAUAUAUGCCAAACUUCAGAGGUUUCUAGAUGUUCAGGUCAUAUUUACUAAUUUUCUAAUGAAAAAAGUGGAAUCUUGUCUUAGAUUUUCACGUUUACGAAAGUGCUUAGAAAAUAAAUUGGGGAUUAUGAUUACAAAAUCAAAGGAUGAUAUCACUACAUAACAGUUAGAAGACAAAAGACAAGUUAUACUAACUGAACAUUAGCUACGAUCCUAUUGUAUAUUGCUCACUACUGAACAUAAACGCUUGAUUAUGUUUGUGAAGUUGACCUCCCUUCAAACCCAAAACUCUUCUAUUCAGUAACUGAUGCUUUUCAUAUAUCUGUUUCACAGACAAGUUGAAAAGUAACUUUUUCUUUAAAAGGUUUUCAUCCUUAUAUGCACUCGUUUUUACGUAUGACUAUCAUUGAAGUAACUGCUUCUACAAAUUUGGUCUUCACCUUGUUAUGCUAAUGAGAUAUAGCAACUUGGACCGGUGAAUAUAUGCGACAAAAAAGCUUCCAGUAUUCUUUUACUUCUGAGUUUAUUGUGUCCUAUUGCUGAUUAAACAACGUAGAAAUAAUUUAGACGGUUUCACUGCUGUCCUUUAUAUAAAAAUUUCUUUCGUCUUUAAAGUUCAAGUUUAAGUGCAUAAAUAUCUCUAUAUUCACACUAAUUAAACAGUAAAUUAAAAUUUAUUAUUUUUGCUUAGUUCUGCAGUUAAAAGUUUCAAUCAAUAAAACUAUUCAUCACGUGUUUGAUGAGACGAUAUGAGAUUUAUAUCAAGUGGCUGAUAAACCCUGCUACCUAAAAGCAUUUACUACUGAAUCUACUGUCUGAUCGGUAAAAUGCUUACGGAUUGUUACUGAACUAAACAGAUAUUUGUUCUAUAGUACUGCACAAUAAAAAUCAAUACUUGUUUGUCUGUCCCACGUCGUUUGUUAUUUUAAAGAUAACUGGUAAUAAUAUCACAUAGUAUCGAUCAUAUGACCUAAGACAUUCUUGAUACUUAUAACGUUCAAAUGUGAUAUGAAACAUUGGAUUUCUCGACAAAGUUUAGGAUUAGAAUUGGUUACUUUUGCAAGAGCUGUAUCAAGAAUUAUUCGAUGUUAUUAACGACACUCAUGUAUUUGGUAAUAUAUCAGAAUCGUGUUUCAAUGAAAGGGGAAUGGGAAUAUCUGGAUAUUAUACUUAAACGUGAUUCAGCCGCAGUAGGUGGAUUUGGUUUUAGUAUUGCCGGAGGAAUUGAUAAUCCUAUUACCGACUUGGAUCAUGGGAUUUAUGUCACGAGAAUAGCUCCCAAUGGAUGCGCGGAUCGAGAUGGUAAACUAAGGGUUGAUGAUCAAAUCCUUAGUGUCAAUGGCAUCAGUCUAGAGCAUGCUACAAAUAUGGAAGCAGUGAAAACACUAAGACAAGCUGGUAAUCAACUACAUUUAGUUGUGAGACGAUUUGUUGGUAAUACUGGGGUAACAACACCGGAUAGAACAGUUGUACAACAUUCUCCAUCCUUUCGAUCACCAGAAGUUAUGUCUGAUUUAGAGGACAGUGGUUCAACUCCAAUAUGGUACGAAGUUCAACUCCGCAAACCACAUUCAAAUUAUGGCCUCGGAUUUAGUAUUGCUGGUGGUCAAGAUGUUGAAAAUGAUAACUUUCCUUCAACUGGAAUAUUUAUUACACGUAUUAGUCCAGGUGGGUUAGCUGAUUUAGAUGGUCGUAUCAUGCCUGGUGAUCAGCUAAUGCAAGUGAAUGAAAUUGACCUAAGUCAUGCUACUCAUGAAGAAGCUGUUCGAAUACUUCGUAAUGCAGGUGAUAUUGUAAAUUUAGUGUUAACACGUCAACAAGUAGAGAGUUUUGAUGAACCUGGUUCCUUAGAGCAUUCAACAAAUGCUGAACCAACACGUAAAUAUCAUAUAAGCAGUAAUCGAAAACUUUCAUAACAAAUGCUUAAUAAAUACAUACAUAUCAUAUUUCUUAAAGUAUUAAUUACACAAUCAUUUCGUUCUACAUCAAGAAAAACUGUUUGUAAAUAAUUACGUACAUGUAUAUCAAACUUUUUAUAUCCUUUUUUUAUGAUAGAGUACUGCUUUUCUAAAUAAAAUUAAUGAAAAUCCUUUAGAUUACACAAGAUUAUUUUCACCUAGGAUAAGUGUUCUUAUUUGUGUGUCAUCGAAGUUGAAUAAUUUGUUGGAACUCCAUUUUUAUCGUGUUUGCUUUCAAUCUAUUCUUUUUAGUGCCAAUAAAAAAAUAUAUUUGUUAUUCGCUUCAUGAUAUAGUUGUUCACUGAAUAAUGGUUAAGAGACAAAGUGUGUAACAGCAUCACUUAGUUUUGUGCAUCCUAGAGUCUGACA